AUGAGCCUCCCAAGGCAAAAAAAAGGCGGACGGCCGUCCGCCGCGCCUGCAUGGGCUACAGCGGCAACUUCACGAACAGCCUUAUACAGUGCAGACCGUGGUUUCUAUGCCUCCGGUACCAGCAAACUCCAGGAGGAGUUGAUGAGCAUCAGCUCAAAGCGUUGCAAACUCAAUGACGACGAAUCCUCCGACGUGCAGGAGACACCGGGCGGUACAUGGCACCCAGGGGCAUCGAGAGCACCGUGGUAUGGGGAGGAUGGUUGUGACAAUGAAAUGGCUUGGCUCCCAGACGCGUUGGUGCGUCGAGAAUCUGGAGAAGAGUCAGAGGAAGAGUUCGAGGACGAUGAAAGCGAAGGGGUCCACCGAAAGGUGUAUCGCAGCAGUAAAGAUCCUAUGUCGCUAUGGCGGUCACGGAUACAGCUAUAUGUCAACGAGCUGCUGCGCUUCCAAGGCUUGGCGGACGACAUUGAUGAUCCGUGCUGCGCGCGAUGUGGCGUGGACCUCAAAUUGAGUACAGAGUACUUCAAAUGUGAGGACUGUGGCCCGUUCUUGCAGUUGUUGAAGCUUGUUUGUAUUAGCGACUAUCACAACUCUGUCUCUAUAGAUACUGCUAAUGUGAUCGCUACUGGUCAUAUCUCCACUGCGCGGUAUUGUCUGCGACAGCAGUGCUCAGGGUGUCUGUUGGAGGCGCAUCAGACAACGCCGCUGCAUGUCAUUAAGCAAUGGACGGGAUCAUGGUGGAAGAAGAGUUCACUGGCGGAUAUUGGUCUUGUGUACCAGAUGGGACACGGCGGAUAUUGCAAGUGCAACCGAUCAGACUAUGCGAGCAAUAUCCAGCAGCUACUGCGAAACGGGUGGUAUCCAGCGACCGGCAUUGACCCGGAGACAUGCGCGACAUUCCAGACUCUAGAGUCGUUUUGCCUGUAUUCCGUGGCGGGGAAUCUGAAUGCGCGCGACUUUGUGACAUCAUUGGAGGAGAUGAGCAAUGUGAUGGCUCGGACAGGGAUGCGAAAGCUGCCGGAACGAUACAAGCAACUGCAGCGCAUGUCGCGCCAGUGGGCAUUCCUGCUUCGUUUGGUCCGUGCUGGGAGGGGACACGAUCCGGAUGGCGCCCUGCCAGCCAAGAGAGGCGAACUGGCAGUGAUUUGCUGGGCUUGCCCCUACGAGAAUCGGAACUUGCCUUCAAAUUGGAGAGACAUCAAUCCAGCAUACCGCUUUAUAUAUAUGCUGCUCCUUGCGCUGGAUGCGAAUUUCCAUCUAAAGAACCGCUUAAGAGCGAACAAGAUCGACGACCCGCCGUUAGGCCCUGGGCUCGGGUACUGGGUGGAGCCAGAGCCAUACAGGGACCACGUCAAGAACUACACAAGCACAUGUAUUGCGUUUGCUGCUCUUCUACAGAAGGAUACGCGUUUGACGACCGGCUUGAGGGUCUCGGGAGUUGGGGGCUGCGUUUGUGCGAGACAUGAAAUCUUGCGGCCCAAUGGAUUGGGAGACCUGCAAAAGGGCGAGCGAUACGCAAACAUGGACUACAUUGUCUUUUCCGCCCUGAUUGGGUUUACACUAUGGUGGCUGACGCUCUCCUACGACAUCGGGUGCCAGUGGAAUGUCAAGCUACGCGAUCGCAUGGCCAAAUUGCCCUCCCAUCUGCACCUCGACCUGGAGCAGGUGAAGGUCCAAUGUGGUCUGCCGGUGUGGCACGCGGGUUCCCACAACCAGGAGUGCCAGAACACCCACAGCUUGAGCUUCAAGCCGGGUGUCGGGAAGACGGAUGGCGAGGGGAUUGAACGGAUGUGGUCAGUGCUUAACCCGAUUGGCUACGCUACAAAGACUGCAGGUGUCGGCGUUUGGGCUGACCUCAUCGAGGAGCAUGUCAAUCAUCACAACUUCCGUAAGAAUCUGUCGCUUGGUAGCGUUCUCUCUGCGCGGCUCAAGCUCGCCGAAGCCGAACGGGAUAUCCAGGUUGAGGCCUUCAGGGCAGCAAGCGAGGGAGUGGAGGACAAGGUCAUGGGGGAGUGGCUCAAGAUGAUCAACAUCUUCCUCCAGAGACCCGAGACAUCGCCGACCCCGUACAUGCUCGAGAUGUCAGCUUGUGUGUCAGAGGCGCAAGUCCGCUUGGAGGUUUGCAAGGAGGAGGAGAGACUCACUCAGGAGGGAAGAAUGCCACUGCAAGGACAGAGCGCAACAGCGUUUCUAGUGGCCGGGAUUCUAAUCGAAGAUAUCAAGGCAAGAAUCAUCCGCGAACUGAAGGGGACGGCACUGGUUGCAGGCGAGCAUGCCAACCAAAUCGAAGAGUGGCGGCAUACAGGGCUCUAUAUGCCUGCGGCCCCUGCUAUCAUCGAGGAGGCCGAAGCCCGACGCGACUGCUCAGCUGCAAGUCCUCGGCCAGAGCACAUCAAGCUGUGGAUGCCAAGUGAGAUGCCCUCAUUGUUGGGUCCAGUGCAGGGCUGUGUGGGCGGGUUGCUGGACAUGGAGAUGAAGCUACGGGUAGCGCAGUGCGAGAACUCACUCACACUGGUUCGGGCGCGUCUGCACGCGAAGAGGCACCUGAUCAGCUUCCGCAAUGCAAACGUGAUGGGCCAGAACCAGUCCACAAAGGCACGGACACUCAUCAGCGAGGUCGGGGAGAAGGUUACAGCGAGCGCGAACCGGUAUCGAAGGGGAAGGGAGGCUCUGGUGGCGGCCGGUUGCUUGGAAAAGUUCCAGCAUCUACGAGAGCUCAAGGAUGAGCAUCUGCAGAUGAGUGGUGCAGCUAUGGAGACGGACGCAGAGAGGACGGAUGCUUUGACAGCAAUGAAGAUUGGGGCGCUAGGAGGAGGGAAAGCACCGAGGCAGGACCAAGGAUCGUUGAUGCAGGUGAUAUCAUGGAUUUGGACCGCGCCUGGAGCUUUGGACAAUGAGGAGAAGGAUCUGCAUGACUCAAUACGGGUGGAAUGGAGUUGGGCGCUGGCACGUCGCGAUAGGUGGACCGAGGAGGUCCUGCUGCUGAAGGAGGAGAUGCGUCGAGUGUGUGCUUAUCUGGAAUGGCAGGCCGAUUGGUGGAAGACGAAGUCGUCGGGGCAGGUGAGCUCAUCACGUGAAGUGGAGGCAGGGGCACGGGCGUUCGCGCUGAAGCAGUCAGCGUGGCAUCUGGAGUUGCGCACCUUUUUGCAGAACAAGUGGCAAGGCAGCAUCGGGGAAGCAAACGAGCCAAAUAUGUACAGCGCAGGCGUAAUGAUAUAG